UAUCACAUCUUCACCCAGGGAAUACUUUGGCUUCAUUAUCAUUGACUCAUGUUCAGUUUGAUCCUCAAGAUUCUAUAGCUUAUAUCUUUGCCUAUAUCACUCUUGCACCCAUCGCCAUCUUGGUCUUCUAUGCAUCAGUAGUGGUGUCACGUCGCGAAGUCGUUGGUCUUGUCAUGUUAUUUGGACAACUUUGUAAUGAAGUUGUCAAUGCUAUUCUCAAAGAAUACUUUCAAAUAGCUCGUCCUUCUGUGAAUCUAGGAACAGGAUACGGUAUGCCUUCAAGUCAUGCUCAAUUUGUAUGGUACUUUGCUACAUUUGGUAUCUUGUAUUUGAUGAAUCAUAUCAAAUUAAAGGAAUCAGCUUGGAAAAUCAUCACAUACUUGAUAAUCGUGUUUAUGGCUGUCAUGGUUUGUUUGUCAAGAAUUUACUUGGGUUAUCAUACUUCUGGUCAAGUGAUGAUAGGCAGCUUGGUUGGUCUAGUGUUUGGAUGGAUUUGGUAUUUGGCAACAGAAGCUGCUAGACGGAGAGGUUUGAUCAGUUGGUUAUUAGAUACAUCCACAGCACGAUGGCUUCUUUUACGAGAUAUGCGGGACAUUGACAAUGUAUUGGAAUGGGAAUAUGAAAACUGGAUCCAAUAUCAACAAAAUUUUUCCAACAAAAAGAAAAGCUAGUUAAUACAAUAUCAUAUUAGAGUAGACACAUAUUGUAAGACAAAAAGGAAUUUGACUUAUCAAUUAUAGAUAGAUAUCCAUAUUUUUUUUUUUUUGAAUAAUAAGAUGACUCCAUACAAAACACACCCAUAUAUUAUACGUUAUCUUUAGAAAUAUGUUUGUAGAAUUUAAUCCAUUCAUUCAUUAACUAUUUGUAUUCAUCUUUUGUUUUAUUGACUUGGUAUAUAAAUAAGAUCAUUAAACACAUACAAAAAAAAAAAGUAAAAAAAAAAAAAAAAAAUACACUAUAAUAUAUAAAUA